CAAAUUCUGGGGAAAAAUUCUGCUUUCCCCCUGUUUUGCCUGGGGUGCACUCGCCAGCGACCGAGGUAUUUUACCAAACCAGGUCGGCUAUUGCUCUGUUCUGUUUAGCGCUGUCGGUAGUUGUUCCUUGUCUACACUCUACACGGACGAAUUAGAUCAGCUGAGGCUGGACAGAUCGGACAGUGCUUCAGAUAGAGGGGCAAUUGUCUCAAAGCUUGCUAUUUGAAUAUCAUAGAGUGUGCGAUCUGCAACGUAUAUCUAUCUGUCUCUGCCCCGCCGAUCUGAGACUAAAACCAGCAAUUCUAUCGUCCAACUGGUGUUUGACAGACAGCUCAACCGCUUGAUUCAGAAACAAUGUCACCUCCUACCAGCGAGAAGCCUGGCAGCGCGGAAAAGGUCGAAGUCGAAGAUGUCGGCCAGCGCGCUCUCGACAACGUCGACUACGACGAGGAAUACUCGUACGAGGAGCAGCGCAAGAUCAUCCACCGCGUUGACCGGCGGCUGGUCACCAUGACGGGUCUUGCAUACUGCGUCUCGCUGAUGGACAGGACGAAUCUCAGUAUGGCUGCUGUGGCGGGUAUGAUCAAGGAGUUGGGAUUGCAUGUCGGAACGAGAUAUUCCGUCAUUGUGCUUAUAUUCUUCGUCCCCUAUGUCAUCUUCCAACCCGCCAUGACGGUCAUUACGAGAAAGCUGGGCCCUACCUUUUUCCUGGGGGCUAUUGUCAUUUCAUGGGGCGCAAUCUUGAUCGGAAUGGGCUUCACGAAAGAUUGGAAGCAAAUGACUGCAUGUCGUGCGUUGCUUGGUCUUCUGGAAGCAGGGUACUUUCCCGGUUGUGUGUACCUGCUUUCCAGUUGGUAUGUCAGAUACGACGUCCAAAAACGUUUCUCGGUCUUCUAUCUUAUUGGAUGUGUUGCCUCGGCCCUGGCGGGUAUUCUCGCUUUCGGCUUGUCUCAAAUGGCUGGUAUCCAGGGUCUGGGAGGCUGGAGAUGGAUCUUCAUCAUGGAGGGAGUGAUCACCGGCAUUAUUGGAGUCUUGACCCUUCUCCUACUCGUCGACUUUCCUGAUCGCGCACACAAGUCCUGGCGAUUUCUCAGCGAAAAGGAAUGCGCCUUUAUCUCUAACCCGCUUCCUCACCCCGCUCUCGAUCCGAAGAUUUGGGGCUUCGCAAUGAUCUUCCUCUGCACAACAACCGUCACCUACGCCAUCGCAUAUUUCCUACCCAUCAUCCUCCAACAAGGCAUGGGCUACAGCGUCGGCGCCUCGCAAUGCCUCUAUCGCGUGCGAGGUGUCCUCGUCGCCAUCAACUCCAUCCUGUGCCUGAUCGGCCUGCCCAUCCUGGGCUUCCACUCCAACAACGCCGUCCGCUACUUUGGCGUCUUCCUCGCCACGGCCGGCGCCAACGCCAACAUCCCCGCCAUCAUGGCCUACCAGGCCAACAAUGUCCGCGGCCAGUGGACCAGAGCAUGCUCCAGCGCGACCCUGGUGGGAUUCGGUGGGAUUGGCGGUAUCGUCAGCAGUCUGGUUUUCCGAUCCCAGGAUGCGCCGGGAUAUCGGCCUGGCAUGUGGACGACCAUCGGAUGCAAUAUUCUAAUUCUGAUUAUCGUGGCCUCUAUGAGUGUUUGGUUCCGCAUCUGCAAUAAGCAGGCGGAUCGCGGGCAGCGGAUUAUCGAGGGGUCGGCUAACUUCCGGUAUACGAUUUGAAUAUGGAUGAGAUAUCGGACUGUCGUGAUGUAACUAGCUUUCACAUAUAAUGCAGUUUAAUGAACUUGUCUAUACUA